AAAACAAGGGGGCGGCGCCGCGCCGCCUCCAUUUUGAUGCGGGGCUGGGGCGGCGGCGGCUGAGGUCCGGAGAUGCUGCCGUGACUCGUCGGGGGAGGCGAGCGGGGCCGGUCCGCGGGCGGGCCUGCCUGGAUGCGGGGUCAGCGGCGGAGCCGACCCGCGUCCGUGCGGUGACGAGAGCCGGGCUCGCCUCCCCCCGCCCCGAGCGGUGAGGGCCGCGCUGGGUGACGGAUCCGGAGGCCCGGGAGAAGAUGAGCAGCGAGGCGCUUUGGCUGUUCAAGCAGCUGAACCUGCACCUGGAGCUGGAGGGGCGGUUCCAGCCCCGGGAGAAGGGGCUCAGCCUCAUCGAACGCGCCGCCGAGAAUGAAAACACUCUGUGUCCGAGACAGAGGAACGUGAAGGUGGAAGAUCUUUGGAGUCUGACCAACUUCUUUGGGUUUGCAACUGAAACGUUUGUUUUGGCUGUCAACAUUCUGGACAGAUUCCUGGCUCUUAUGAAGGUGAAACCGAAGCAUUUGUCUUGCAUCGGAGUUUGUUGUUUCCAGCUGGCCGCGCGAGUAGUGGAGGAAGAAUGCAAUAUUCCGUCUGCUCAGGAGAUCAUCCGGAUUAGCCAAUGCAAAUGCACUGUGUCUGACCUGAAACGGAUGGAAAAGAUCAUUUCAGAAAAGUUGCACUUUGAAUUUAAAGCUACUACUGCCUUAACCUUCUUGCACUUGUACCAUACUAUUGUACUCUGUCAUACCUCAGAAAGGAAAGAAGUCUUGAAUCUUGAUAAAUUGGAAGCACAGCUAAAAGCUUGCAACUGUCGUCUAGUCUUCUCUAAAGCCAAACCGUCUGUCUUGGCCUUGUGCCUCCUCACCCUGGAGGUUGAGACGCUGAAAUCUGUGGAGCUGUUUGAGAUCCUUCUGCGUGUUCAGAAGCAUUCUAAGAUAAGUGAUAGUGACCUGCUCUACUGGAGGGAACUGGUCUCAAAAUGCCUAGCAGAUUAUUCUUCUCCGGAAUGUUGCAAGCCUGAUCAUACAAAGCUAGUUUGGAUUGUUUCGAGACGUACAGCCCAGAAUCUCCAGAACAGUUACUACAGUGUUCCUGAGCUGCCAACCAUACCAGAGGGUGGAUGUUUCAAUGAAAGCGAGAGUGAGGACUCCUGUGAAGACAUGAGCAGCGGAGAAGACAGCCUGAGCAGCUCUCCUCCCAGCGAUCUGGAAGGCACCUUCUUCUUUGAACUCGAACCUAAAACCAAGUGGCAAACUCUUAACUGUCGGUCUUAGCACGAAGCCUGGAUUGGAUUGGAUUUGGUUGAGACUUUUAAUGCACCAUAGAGUCUUUUGGCAAUAAUGAAUGAGGAGGUGAUAUCCUAUGAACUGUAUGGAGGCACGGGGUGCUGUGGGAUCGCAGUGCUCUGAAUGCCUGCCUUGUUCGUGGUGGUACAAUCUUGUAGAAAAUGAUGGGAAAAAAUCUUCCAGGUCCCCAAUUCAGCAAAAAUAUUUGACGUAUAGGUCUGUUAUCAACAAGAUAAAUGUAGUUGUAUAACUGCUGGUCCAAAAUACUUAGUGGCUUAAGUUGUCAGCAGCGUGCCCUGGUAUGAUGAAGGCUGAGAGCUUUUCUGAGCUGUGGGUUUUGUUCCCUCCCUCUGCUGGGCAUUCUUGCUCCUUUUGAACAGCGUCCGCUUGGGGGCCCAAAAUCCUGACCAGCCUGUGCAAGUCGAGCAAUAAUCUGUCAGGAUGGUCGAGGGGUUUGGGACACAGGACCUGUGACAAGAGGCUGACGGGAAAUGAGCCUAUUCAGCCUGGUCAAGAGGCCUUUUUGGGGAAAAUGGGAUGGAGCAGCAGCCUUUUGGUAUGUAAGAGGAGAUGACUUCCAGGAUCUUGAUGGAGGGCUGUGGAGCAAGAACGAGGGGCUUGAAUGACCUGGGAGUAGGAGGCUCUCAGUCAAUGGCAGAAGUUUGCUCCGUGGGUGCACCAAGAGGCGUCUGCAGGUUUUGUUCCAGCAGCUUCUCAGGCUUGAGCCUGAGGAAACCCUGAGCUGGGGCUGCGCUCCGCGCUGAGCCUGCUUGGGGCAGGAGCCUGGGCUGCAGUCAUCCUGAGGGCCCCUGCCAGCGGCUGGGAUGGGUCGGGCUGGCGGAGCAGGCUAUGUGCAGUGAUCAACAGACGUGUACCGGGCUGGAAUUCACUGUCAAACAGGCCAAAAUGGCAACGGCUUUAACACUUCCUGUGCUGUGCUCCUUUCCAGCGCAUCUUGAGUUGUGUGUUCCAAGCAGAUUUCUUUCUACAGCUUGGUUGUUGUGAACAGGAGGAGCCCCUGUUCCACAGCAGUACGUGUGGCAAGAAGGGAGGUUUCUAGACGGUGCUUGUUUUCUGUGAAGGGGAGUUUAAAGUGUGCUAGGCUGUAAUUUCCUAUUUUAUUUAAUUAAGAUGAACUUACACUGAAAUUCCCAUUGUAUACUUCAGUGUCUAAAAUCUUAACUGUUAACAUGUCAAUUGGUUAGAUUUAUGAAAAUGGUAAAUCUUGCUAAGUCUACAUUGCUUUUAAUAUUUAACCUUUGUAGUUGUUUUUCAGUAUAUUCAUGUUAUUGAGUCAUAACCAUACUUGUUUGCAUGCUUAUGUAAAGCAGUUAGUGCAGGAAAACUUGAUAUUAUGCAGUAAUACCAGGUAAAAGUGCUGUUGAUGAAGUAGUUAAUGUAAUGUUGUUUUCUGAACUUGUUUUAUUGAAGCACAAACUGAAGUAUGAUUGCGUUUCUCCAUACCGAGAAUAUGGUGGGGUAGGAAGUGGGUGAAAUAACCCGGAAUAAGUGUGUCAGGUGUGCGGUGCCAAAGUAGAAAUGAAGGAGCCGAAGGCUGUUCUGUAGGUGGAAGGCUUGGUUGGAACGGUAGGAGCAGUGCCCGCAGUUCCCAACUGUUAUGUGAUUGCAGUUUCAUAAAAACACAAAAAGUUUACAAAAAAAUGUAUAUAAAAAUGUAAAUUGAAAAAAUGUACAGAAAAAAUUUAAAAACAAAAAAUGAGCAGAAAAUACUGUAUUUUUUUACGUUGUAUGUAACUUUUUUAGGUAAGUUGCAUGUAGAUAGUAAUUUAUUGUGUACUCUGUAUGAUAUAAAUACUGUACACCUGGAGACUUGUUGCUGCGAGCCUGGUUUGAGUUGAGGAAAUAAAGCGAGUGCUGUAUUUGUUA